UUCACUUGAAAAAUGUUUAUUGUCAUUACCCUUCUCUUAUGUACCUGAAUUACUAACAGAAUUGUGUAAAUGUAUUAAACAGUUUUACAAAACAGAAUUGAUGGAAAGAAUUAUUUUUUAUUUAUUAAGAAUACAUCACAAUCAAAUUAUUCAUUCAAUUGAAUUACUUCCAAUUAUUGAUGAAUUGAAGACAGUUGUCCCAACAAUUAUUGAAUUUUCUGCUAAUCAAAUUGGUUUCAACAUUGCCGCAUUAAAAUUUUUGCAAAUGAGUUUGGAAGAUAGACAAAAAGAAAAAUUAUUUAAACAAGCCUUUAAUUCAACAGAAAGUUUGGGUAGGAGAAGAAAGAAAAUAAAAAAUAAAGGGAAAAAAUAA